AUGCUUCGCUCGUUUCUGCGCAGUACGCCUCGUCUUACGGUUCUUCGCAACCAACUCGCACCAGGACCUUUCACGCAUACGCCUAUCCGUACCAUGUCCCUCCCCACCACCAUGAAGGCCGUCGUGGUCGAGCAGACCGGCGGCCCGGAGGUGUUGCAGUUCCAGACAGCAUACCCGGUGCCAACCCCACAGGAGGGCCAGCUGCUAGUGCGGAACAAUAUCUCUGGCGUCAACUUCAUUGACACCUACUUCCGCACAGGGCUGUAUGCCUCAGCCAAGCCCGAGGUGCUGGGCCGCGAGGGUGCCGGCACCGUCGCGGCAGUGGGACCCAAUGCCAGUGGGUUCCAGGUCGGAGACCGCGUGGCCUGGCUGGCGACCAGCGGAUACGCUGAGUACACUGCGGUGCCGGCGGCCAAGACGGUGAAGAUCCCGGAUGGGGUGAGCGACGAGGAGGUCAUGGCCUCGUUCCUCAGCGGCUUGACGGUGCUCUCGUUUGUCAAGGAGACUUACCCCGUCCAGAAGGGCGAGUGGGUGCUUGUCCAUGCGGCUGCUGGUGGCGCUGGCUUCCUCAUGACUCAGAUCCUCAAGACCAUCGGUGCCAAGGUUAUUGGUACUGCUGGUGGACCUGAGAAGUGUGCGCUUGUCAAGGGAUUGGGUGCUGAUGUGGUCAUUGACUACCGCAGCGAGGAGGGCAAGGACUGGGUGAAGAAGGUCAAGGAGGCGACAGGAGGCCGUGGCGUCGAUGUCGUCUAUGACUCCGUCGGCCAAGAUACCUGGGAGGGCAGCUUGGAGGCUGUCAAGCGCAAGGGCACCAUCAUCUGGUUUGGCAAUGCGAGCGGGCCGGUGCCUCCUCUACCUCUUCCGUAUGAUCAUUCUCCUUGUAUGGAACUAUACCAGAUGGACAGUCAUGCUGAUGAGCUUUUUGUUAGGAAACUCUCCCCCAAGUGCGUCAAGGUUGCUCGUCCCACCCUCUUUGGGUAUAUUGAGACCCGGGAGGAGUUUGAAUACUACACCAACGAGCUUUUCAGCCUGCUGAAGUCGGGUCAGCUCAAGACUAAGAUCCACAAGGUCUACCCACUCGAGCAGAUUGCCCAAGUGCACAUUGAUCUCGAAGGGAGAAAGACCAUGGGAAAGCCUCUUUUGAAGCCCUGA